GCUUGGUCGAUGCCGCUUCAUGGCGCGUUCCGAGUUCGUCGAUGGCGUCCUGAAGUUGGACAAGAAGAAGGUUGUCAUUGUCGGUUGCGGUGCACAGGGUUUGAACCAGGGCCUGAAUAUGCGCGACUCCGGCUGCGACGUGAGCUACGCAUUGCGGAAGGAUGCCAUCGACCAGAAGAGACAAAGCUUCGUGAACGCGUCACAGAACGGAUUCAAGGUGGGGACUUACGAGGAGCUGAUUCCACAUGCGGACCUUGUCUGCAACCUUACGCCCGACAAGCAGCACACAUCCGUGGUCUCUGCCGUCAUGCCGAUGAUGAAGCAGGGCUCCUGCUUGGCUUACAGCCACGGCUUCAACAUUGUGGAGGAGGGAAUGAAGAUCCGGCCGGACCUGACUGUGGUGAUGGUCGCCCCCAAGUGCCCAGGAACUGAAGUUCGCGAGGAGUACAAGCGUGGCUUCGGCGUGCCCACCCUGAUCGCCGUGCAUCCCGAGAACGACCCAAAGGGCGAUGGCCUGGAUAUCGCCAAAGCCUACGCUGCAGCCACUGGCGGCGACCGUGCAGGAGUGCUUUUGAGCUCCUUUGUGGCCGAGGUCAAGAGUGACCUUAUGGGCGAGCAGACCAUCUUGUGCGGUAUGUUGCAGACAGGCGCCGUCUUGUGCUUUGACAAGAUGGUGGCCAACGGCAUCGAUGCCGGCUAUGCGUCGAAACUCAUCCAGUAUGGCUGGGAGACGAUUACUGAGGCGCUGAAGCAUGGCGGGAUCACGGGCAUGAUGAAUCGCUUGGACAAUCCUUCUAAGCUGAAAUGCUACGAGCUUUCAGAGGAGUUGAAGACCAUCAUGCGACCGCUCUAUGCAAAGCACCAGGAUGACAUCAUCACGGGACACUUCUCCAACACGAUGAUGAAGGAUUGGGACAACGACGAUGUGAACCUCCUGAAGUGGCGGCAAGAGACCGCGGAGACCGGCUUCGAGAAAACGCCCGCAGGCCCCAUGCAGAUCAAGGAGCAGGAGUACUUUGACAACGCCAUCCUCAUGGUUGCCAUGAUCAAGGCCGGAGUGGAGCUCGCCUUUGAAGAGAUGGUGAAGGUCGGGAUGAAACCUGAGAGCGCCUACUAUGAGUCUCUGCACGAGACGCCGCUGAUCGCCAACACCAUUGCAAGAAAGAAGCUGUAUGAGAUGAACAAAGUCAUCUCAGACACUGCAGAGUAUGGCUGCUAUCUCUACACCCAGUCCUGCAUGCCUUUGCUGAAGGACUUCAUGGCCAAAGUAGACACCAGCGUGAUUGGCACCAAGUACAACAAAGGUGACAAUGGCGUAGACAACCAAGCGCUUUUGGCUGUGGACGAAGCCAUCGCCUCACAUCCCGUGGAGGUGGUCGGCAGAGAAUUGCGCGGCUACAUGACUGCCAUGAAAAAGAUUGCUGUGGGCGAGUGA